AGUUUCGUCCCUGUUCCAAAACCUUCUUCAAAUUAUCCUUUCCCUUCGGGCCCUGCCCUAAGCUCUCGCAUCCUCUUUCCCCCAGGUGCGCCCCGGCGGCCCUGCCAUGGAGGUCGCCCUCUCUUCCCCGCGCUUCUCCAUCCCUCCUCCGCCAAACCCUCCCUCAAGAAGCUGCAGAACCAGAGCGAAGGCCGCAGCCGUCAGCCGUCCCUCCGCCCUCUCCUCCGUCUCCUCCUCCUCAUCCCGGCCGUCUUCCCUCUCCGGCGGCCUCGUCCCUCCUUUCGCCGGCCGCGGGAGAGUCCACGCCGACUUCUGCGGCCGGAGGUUGCCGCUUCCGUCUGUUGUUACUCGGCCGUCGUCUUCGCCUCGCCGCGGUGUCGUCACCAUGGUUAUCCCCUUCUUGAGAGGAAGUGCAUGGGAGCAACCGCCUCCAGAUCUAGCUUCCUACCUCUAUAAAAACAGAAUUGUGUACUUGGGUAUGUCCCUUGUACCCUCUGUGACGGAGUUGAUGCUCGCUGAGUUUCUUUACCUUCAGUAUGAAGAUGCUGAGAAGCCUAUUUUUCUAUACAUAAACUCUACUGGCACAACAAAGGGUGGUCAGAAAUUGGGCUACGAGACAGAGGCGUUUGCAAUAUAUGAUGUUAUGAGAUACGUGAAGCCGCCUAUCUUCACCCUUUGUGUUGGCAAUGCUUGGGGAGAAGCUGCUUUGCUUUUGGCUGCUGGUGCUAGAGGCAACCGUUCUGCACUCCCAUCGUCGACAAUAAUGAUAAAACAGCCAAUAGCGAGGUUUCAAGGUCAGGCAACAGAUGUUGACCUUGCAAGGAAAGAAAUAAAGAAUGUGAAGACAGAAUUGGUCAAGCUUUAUUCAAAGCAUAUAGGUAAACCACCUGAGCAGAUUGAGGAAGAUAUCCGGCGCCCUAAAUAUUUUAGUCCGAGUGAAGCUGUUGAAUAUGGUAUCAUCGACAAGGUUUUGUACAAUGAAAGAGGCCAUGAAGACCGUAGUGUUGUCUCUGACCUCAAGAAAGCUCAACUUAUAUAGACUUCCGAAGACGAACAAAAUGAAUGUUAUUCGUAGGUGUAAGGUGAUGCAGUACGCAGAUUAUUUCACAGUGAAUAUGUAUUAGCACAAAUCGCAUCACUUACGUGCUCUUGAAAGUAAAGUGCUUAUAAUUUAGUGAGCAUAAGUUAUUAGCUUUCGAAUUUGUCAUAUUGCUCGAUAAUGGUUGAUUCAAAUAUUUGUCACAUUUUGCUGUUCUAUGUUUGUUCCUUUGCCCCCUCUGGUUAAAAUGGGUCUGAUCCUGAUUUUGAUUA